AUGCCUCCUGCACCCUUCUUUAACUCCCAAGCCGCCUCCAGAUCCCCAGAUGUGUCCCUCAAAAUCAACUUCUGCUCUGACUCCCUGGAAACCGCUGCUAUCCUCAAUUCUUCAGGGGACAACCUGUUCCCAAUGCUUUACCAGACCUUUGCAGAAACCUUUGGCGUCAUUGAUAACACAAUACCAUGCCCCUCCAACAAGGGGAUUGACAUCAUCACGGAGAAAGAUGAAGCUGAGACAGUCCAAGAUUUUGACAAUAUGUACUCAGGCCUCAAUUCUGCUCUAGCCGCAAGGUUUGCUGCGCUUCUGGGCCCAAUACCUAAUGAGCUUCCCAGUUCUUAA